CAAAUGGAGGGCAACAACAAGGCAUACUCAUCAGUUCCACCUCCAGCUUCACUGUCGUCAUCUGGUGGGCCGGUUGAUUUCAACGAUGCCUUAUCAAAAGCGAGAGCAAUUGCAGAAAAGUUAAAACAACAGUCUGCCGCCGCUGCACCUGCACCCCCGGCUGCUGGACCUUCUUAUUCCUCGACUGGUUCUAAAAGAGGAUACCGUGAAGACUCUUAUGAGGAUGACAGAAACGAUUAUCGCUCGUCACGAUCCUACAACUCUCGCGGAGACAACUACCAUGACGAGCACGACAAUAAACGCAGCACCUAUGACAGCUACUCUCGACCAUCUUUCGGCUCUGGAAACGAACCUGCACGUUACGGCCUUGGCUCAGACGAACGAAAGCCCUCGUCAUCAUAUGGUCCUACAGCAAGUCCUGAUGUAAUUCAAGAGGAAUGCAUGGUUCCAAACCACAUGGUUGGAUUAGUCAUUGGAAAAGGUGGCGACAAUUUGAAGAAAAUAGAACGCAUGUCAGGUGCCAAGGUUCAAUUCACAGGCGACAAUGGUGAUCCAGAAAGACGCGUCAACAUUGUUGGAGAGCUAGAACAAACGAAGCUCGCACGUGAGAUGAUUCAGCAGGUUGUAGAUGAUGCUCAUGUUAGUGAAGCUUCACGUAUGGGUACCACUCGUCCUGCUGGAGUUCCCGAGAUAGGCGCUGGAAUGUCUACCAGCUUUAAUAGUGGUGGUAGUAAUCUUGUCAUCACUAUUCCCUCGAAAAAGGUUGGACUUGUUAUUGGACGAGGUGGUGAGACUAUUCGCGAUUUGGAAGAACGUAGUGGAGCAAAAAUUACUGUUGCUCCGGAACCAUCUUCAGAUAGACCAUCGCAACGAUCAGUAAACCUUAUUGGUGAUGAUAAUUCAGUACAGCGAGCAAAAGCACUAAUUGAUGAUAUUGUGAGCGAAGACUCUCUAAAAUCGGUCACACCUAGUCGUGAUUGGGUAGCCUACCGUCAGCAACACUACCCUGCCGGUGAACCUGGAAAUGGACGACGUGAUGAGGAUGAACAAGAUGAGCAGGACGAGCAGGAUGAUAACGAUAGUCCUCGGCAGGAUGCGCCUCAAAGCAGUAUAUCAUCAUAUCAACCCCCAGCAUUUGCUACUGGUGCAAAUGCCUCUUUUGAUCGCUAUGGUCCACCAUCAUCUGGCCAAGACCGUGGAUAUGGUGGUAGUGGAGGAGGUGGAGGUAGCGGAGGUGGAGGUAGCGGAGGAGGGGGUGGCGGAGGGGGAGGAGGCUUCCGUAACAGAUUUACAGAUGAUCGUGAAUCUGUUCAAGUCCCUAAAAAUGCCGUCGGAUUUAUCAUUGGCAGAGGUGGUGAGACCGUACGAAGCUUACAAGACCAAUCUGGUGCACGAAUCAAGGUUGACUCUUCAGGCGACAUUGAUGCCAACGAGCGUACUAUCAAUAUAUUUGGCAGCCCUGAUGCUAUUGCACUGGCUAAACAGCUUGUAAUGGAGAAGGUUGCUGAAGGAAGUGUUAACCGCGGCAAUUAUGGUGGACCCAGUGGACCUGGUGGCGGGGGUGGGCGCUACGGAGGAGACAAUCCUCGCAGAGGAGGUUACAGUGGAGGAGGAUACAACAACGAUCGAUACAAUAGCAACUAUAACUCUCAAUAUCAACAAAGUGGGGAGAACAGCGGUAGUUAUGACUAUUCACAAUAUCAGCAAUAUUAUGGUCAGUAUGGAUAUAGCCAGGCACCUUAUGGCCAACAAACCUCUUCUUCUGGACAAGAAAGUACUUCCGCCCCCGGCACUUCUUCCACUGCAGGCUAUGAAGGAUACCAGGCCUAUCCUUAUGCUUAUGGCAGCUAUAACCAGUACCCUGCUGGCUCUAAUGAUGCUGCUGGAGAAAAAAAUACUGCCGCUGAUGGUAGCGCUCCAGCAGAAUCUUCUGAGAGUGAUCCAUCCGCUCAGCCUACUUCAGGAGACACUACAGAGGAUCAGCCACAACAACAAUGGACUCAAGAAGCAUACAACCAAUGGUAUCAGCAAUACUAUGGAGGACAAUACGGUGCCUAUGAUCCUAACCAAGCACAACCAGAAGACCAGCAAGAUUCUGAUUUGCCACCUGGCACAACGCCCAAUGAACAUAGUGACACACACACAACCCCCCAAGACCCUCCUGCAGAGUAGAACAAGACCUCGCAUAUUUCUUUGUUUCCUAAUUGCUUUUUUUCUUUCAUUUGAUUUGCAAUCAAUAAUCUUUGAGAUUUGCCUCGU